AUGAAGGUGCGCGAGGAAGACAUCAAGUCGGCGGGUCUGACGCUCUUGUACGAGCCCGACUGGCCGUCUGACCCAAUUGUUGAUAUCCUGCUUGUGCAUGGAGUUGGCGGGCAUCCAGUGCGAUCAUGGAAGUGCGACGGCGUAGGCCGAACUCCAACGUCGCUCAAGCCUACCAUACGAACCCCCGGGAUCAAGAGAAGGUUGACGAAGAUUUGGCCGUCACAACCGCUGCGACGAUCAAACUCGGAACCCCUGCUCGCUAAAGAGCAGCACCCCUUGAACAGGUCCCGGACACUGCUAUGGAAAAACGCGGCCAGGUCCUCAUCGCGAGUCAACCUUGGCCCCUAUGUUGAACCCGCCAAACCAGGUUCGUCGGGCGGAGCGAAGAGUUUCGUGAGGAAGGCUUCAGUCAAGUCGCCAUCCAGGUCAAACCUCGCCGGUGUGGCUGAGCCGAUCCGCCAGGGUGCCAGAUUCCGGGAAGUUGACUGGUACUGGCCGCUCGACUUCCUCCCGGCAUCAUGUCCCAACGCAAGAAUCUUCACCUGGGGCUAUCAGACUCUCGUGGCGGAUAAGAAGCCAAUCCCUCUCCAGGGCGACAUCUUCGCUCAUGCCGGGGAACUGCUCGUUGAACUCGCCAGCACCCGCGCCGUGUUGGGUGCAAGAGCCCGGCCGAUUGUCCUCCGCCUAUCCGAAGCCGAACGCGACGGCCCCCUGAAGGAGAUCUUGCUCUCGACGGCCGCCGUCGUCUUCCUCGGCAGCCCCCACCGGGGCACCGAACAGUGCAAUCUGGGGGACGCUAUCCGUAUCAUGGCGAGUGUCACUAUGCUGGUCGACCCAGACGAUCCCGCGCUACAGGAACUGUGCGGCGCGAACAGCGUCGAGGCGGAGCUGGCGAGACAGACGUUUGUGCGUUUGUGGAACAGCUACAACUUCAGGGUUAAGACGUUCCAGGAGUCGGUCAUUCCGAAUCACCGGUAUCCGGAGCUCAGGGCGGAAACGACAAUACGGCGUCUUGCGAGCUUCAUUGGAGACCCGAGGGAGGGUGCUGAGACCAUAUGUGCGCUGCAUGACAGCAUUUGCAAGUUCGUCUCCGCGGAAAACCCAGGGUACCGCGCCUUGGCUAGGACUUUGGCCGCAUUUAUCACGGUGGAAGAACAUAGACGCCAUGUGUUGAACGUGAAGGAGAAAGAGUGUCUUGCCGCUCUCGUCUCACCAAAUCCUGCCUCUCCCGAGACACACCCGCCUUCGAUAUAUCCAGGGACUUGCCUUUGGCUAUACGAUAUGCCCGACUUUCAGGCAUGGCACAGCCGCAGCGGUUCGAACAAGCGCAAGAUAUUGUGGAUCAGGGGAGGACCUGGAUGCGGUAAGACCGUCCUCCUCCGGUCACUCCGGAGACGACUCGAGAAGCAGUGGGGCCCAGCCGGCGCGUCAUUCAUCUGGAGCAGCGACGAGGCCGAUGAUGUGACCCCUGGGACCUUUCCGGCAAGCAGAGAAGGGAGCCCGGUCGCGAUCUACCGCAGCCUUCUCGCCCAGCUGUUCCCCCAAGAUGCUCACCUCCGCAAAGCACUCCUAGCGUUGUACAACAAGCUGCCGAGCGUCCCGCGGACAUUUGAUGAUACCCAGAUCGUGUCUUUCUUUGCCGAUUAUUACAUCAACCAGAGGAUCGAAACGCCCGCGAGAAGGACCUUCAUCUUUCUUGAAGUUGGCGACGAUGCCUGCACUGGGUACGUGCAUGAGCUGCUCAGCCGACUGGGGCAACUGGCGCACAACUCGGACUUUAGCAUAUGCCUUGCGAGCAGUCACCAUCCCGAGAUUCUCGAAGAAGAGAACGUGAUAAGCAAGCCCAUGCACCUGCGCAACGCCGGUGAUAUCCUGCGCUAUGUCAACCUGAACUUGGUGGCUGAGUGGGAGGAGCGGGACCGGACCGCGAUGCACAUUGCGCAGAAGUCGGCGGGCGUCUUUUUGUGGGCUGAGAUAGUCGUCAAUGUCUUGAACGCCGCCAUCAUUGAAGGGGCUACCCAAGAGAUGAUCGAAUAUACCUUAGAUGAGGUCCCCGGCGAUCUCCACGGCCUGUACGAGUGGAUGCUCUCCACCUUCAACAACCGAGAGAGAGCCGAAUCACUGAUCCUCUUCCAAUGGGUGAUGCUCGCAGCCGAACCGAUGCGUCUCAACGACCUAUUCCUCGCCGUCCGGCUCACCGAGCCUAACCCGUUCGCCGUCUACCAAGACCUCGGCCCACUCAUGGCGUUCGACAUCGGAGCGCCCUUCUCCAUGCGAGAGCUCCGCCAGCUGCGCAACUCAGAGAUCACUUCCGACACGCCCUACCAGUUCCAUCGCUGGCUCCGGGCCCGGUCCAUCGGCCUCCUCGAGCUCAGAGCCGACAAUUGUCACCAACCUACCGCCAACGAGCCCCUCGGCCUCCAACGCGUCCACCCCAUUCACUCCUCCGUCCGCACCUUCUUCCUCUCCGGCCGGGGCUUCGCCUGCCUGGCCGUAGGCAACCCGUCCAUCCCCGCCUCUCUCCCCACCGCCGACUUCCUCGACAUCACCCACUACGCCCUCCUCCGCGCCUGUCUAACCUACCUCAACAUGCGCGACUUCGAAUCCCUUUGUCACGGCGCCGCCCACCGCCGCAAGCCCACCGCCAACCUGAACUUCGACCUAACAACAACAACAGUGCCAGUGACAACCGAAUGGUAUCACCCACCAACAAUAACAGCCCCGUCCCAGCGCCACCUAAUCAUGUCCUCGUACCCCUUCCUGUACUACGCCGUCUCCCACCUCCUCUUCCACCUCCUCUCGCCCCGCCGUUUCCGGUACUUCCUCCCGCAGCGCGAGCUGCUCGCCGUGAUGAAGGCGAAUAAUUUUCGGCUGUGGAAGAGGUGGACCUCGUUGUUGGGGACGCAUGAUCCGGCUGUCAUCAUCGCGAGGCAUGCUUUGCCCACAUCAUCGGAUGCAGGGGUGAUAAGGAUUGGGGUUGCGCGGUUGUUAAGUCCCGUGUAUGGGGCGCGUUUCAGGUUGGAGAGGGUGCUAAGGAAGGUGGCGCGGUUGGCUCAAACUUGCAUGCUGGGUUGCGCCUUCGGUCCUUUGCGCCCCUUCCUCAUGUACGCGAUCCGCAGUCAUGUGCGCGCCACGGUUCUCUCGCGCGCCACGCGCUGCGUCUUUGCACAGCAGGCCACGCUCCGCACCUCGACCCGACAGACGAAACGGGUGACGACCAACCCCGAAACGACCAAGGAAGAGGAAACGAUAGCCAAAAUCGAUGCUCUGGGCGGCGCCUUUUUUGGUUUGCGCAAUCGGAAAAAGGGGAAGAACAACGACAAAUAUCGCGUCAACAUCGUCAGCGAAAAGCUGUGUGACGAUGUCAUCAACUACAUCAAACCGACCCUGGCCCGGCACAAAGGCUGCGACCUGGUUGACAUCUUCCCCGGCACAGGCAUUUGGAGCCAGAAGCUCCACAAUGCCGUCCAGCCGCGCACCCACAUGUUGAUGGAACCCGACGCCGACUUCUACAAGCCCUUCCUCGAACCACUUCUCGAGCGGCCCGGCACCAAGUUGGUCCCGGAGUCGGGUAUAGUCUGGGAGGAGCUCAACAAGGUAUUGAACCCGACGGUGCUUCCUCUCCAAGUCGAGCGCAAGUUCAAGCCCGAAGAGACACCGCCGCGAAACGACACGCUUCUUGUCUCCAUGAACCUGGCCAUGUCCCCGAGGCGCAGGUUUCGAAGCUUUGACAGCGUCGUCGCGCUGGUCAUAUUUCAACUCAUUUCGUCGAUCCGCCCUGGGGCGCUAUUCCAGAAAUACGGCCUGGUGCGCAUGCUCAUAUGGAUGGAGGACGGCGAGAAGGUCUCGAUACUGCCGCGCAGCGCACAGCGGAGAAAGAGACUGGCGAUCGAGGCAGAACUGUCGACCGAUUACGUCUGCGAAAUCGCUGGCGCCGGCCUUGAAAACGCGAAGCAGAUUUUUAUAGCGGCCCGCGACGACAGACUCGAGACAGAGAGCAUAAGAAAAGCUCUCCAGCGUAUGCGCGAGCACGGAUUUGUCCUGCCACCCGGACGAGAACCGGAGCAUUUGCUGGACUAUCAGGAAUCCCUUAACGCUGACGGCGAAGUGGCGUCUGGCGCCAAGCACAGGGUCCACCGAGCUUCACAGGCAGCAUUGGAGAAGAUGGAGGCCGCCUACGCCAGGGGGGAGUUUGAAGAAGGAUCGAAAGAAUACGUACAACUCCGGAACCUACGGUAUAAGAAAACUUACACGGAAAAGCGCGACGUCUUCAUCGGCGACCUGCUCCGUGAGCGCGAAGCCAUCCACCAUGCCUACGUGGACGCCGGCGACGACAAGGGAAAGCUAGAAGAAGUCUUCAAGCGCGGCCAAGCGUGGAGCGACAAGGUCAGCGCCACGGAGCGGGGCAUGCGUGGCGAGGUCAACCUGCACCGCGACAACUGGCACCUGCUGCACCAGGACCCGCCCGUGCUUAACUGGGACCGGCGCUACGUCGAGCCCCUGCGGGUGCGCCCCGACGAGUUCUACCCGCCCGUCCCCUGCGCGCUGCUCGACAUCCAGCCCAAGGCCGCCGCGCCCGUGCUGCGCGACAUCGGCCCCAACUCGACCCGCGGCGGCGACACGUUUGACCUGAUGCUGCGCGGCCUCGUCCAGCGCGGCGUCGAUCCGCUUUCCCACUCUCUCGACACCGUCGCCGCGGGCGCCAGCGACGGCAUCAUCCCCCACUGUCCGAGUCUAACGGACCCCCGACUGGGCGGGUCGCCGCUGCCCGGCCAUGGUGAGCUCACGGCGCGGGCGUUGAAUCAGAGGCAGUUGAUCGAUAUCAUUGAGCAGUGGAUGAAAUGGCCUUUCCGGCCCCACUACUCGGAGCUGGUGUGCCGGACCGUGGAGGAGCCUCAUGAGGACGUUGGCGAGUCUGGUAUGCUGGGGAAUAAGUCGGCGGCUGCGUUUGAGUGA